AUGUACAGACGUUCCUUUGCAUUGGCCACCCGCCGAGCCAGCAAGGGUUUACUGCCUGCCGGACCAAGACCAGUACUAAGGAGAUGGGAGAGCUCAUCGUAUGCGCCCGGACCGGCCCAAAAAGUUGGUGCCGACUCUGUCAACUUUCCGGGAGCUGUCAACAGCAAGUUCACUACGGCAAUGAAGUUUCAGAAUCCUGCCGAGGAGACGGCCAUGCCCACCUAUCGAUACAUGGACGCAGACGGCAAUGUCGUGGACACCGAGCGGGAGAUGACGCCAGUAUCAGAUGAGGAAGUGGUAAAGUGGUACAAGAAUAUGCUGACGGUCUCUAUUAUGGAUCUGAUCAUGUUCGAUGCCCAACGCCAAGGCCGGACGAGUUUCUAUAUGGUCUCAGCGGGCGAGGAGGGCAUUGCAGUUGGCUCUGCUGCGGCCCUCCGUCCCGGUGAUGCUUGUUUUCUGCAGUAUCGAGAGCAGGGCGUCCUGGUCCAGCGUGGUUUCACCUUGAAGGAGAUGAUGAGCCAGCUCUUCUCCAACAAGGACGAUCACGGCAAAGGGAGAAAUAUGCCGGUCCAUUACGGUAGUGGCAAGCUCAAUGUCCAUACCAUCUCUAGCACGUUGGGCACACAGAUUCCUCAUGCAUCCGGGGCGGCCUACGCAUUUAAGAUGCAAAACCUGAUCAACCCGAAUGUCGAGAAGAGGAUAGUGGCUUGCUACUUCGGCGAAGGCGCGGCCAGUGAGGGCGACUUUCAUGCGGCUCUCAACAUCGCUGCGACCAAGUCGUGUCCUGUGGUAUUUGUCUGCCGUAACAACGGAUUCGCCAUCUCCACAGCCAGCAUUGAGCAAUACAAGGGCGACGGUAUUGCCAGCCGUGGAAUCGGGUACGGGAUCGACACCAUUCGAGUGGACGGCAACGACAUCUUUGCCGUUCGUGAAGUCAUGCUUGAAGCACGGAAGCGAGCACUUGAAGGCCAGUGCAGGCCAGUCCUAAUCGAAGCAAUGAGCUACCGAGUCAGCCAUCACAGCACCAGCGACGACAGUUUCGCCUACCGGGCGAAGCGGGAAGUGGAGGAAUGGAAGCGCCGAGACAACCCCAUCACUCGACUUCGGAAAUGGCUGGAGAAUAAGGGACUCUGGAACGAGGAUAUGGAGAAGGAAGCCCGUGCUUCGAUUCGCAAAGAGGUGCUACGUGAGUUCUCUGCUGCAGAAAAGGUCAAGAAGCCGCCAAUCCGGGCUCUCUUCGAAGACGUGUAUGAAGAGAUCACGCCGGAGGCUCGAGACCAGAUGAAGGAACUAAAGCGCAUUAUCGAAAAGUACCCGAACGAGUACGAUGUCAACAGCCAUGAAGGUGGCCUCAAGAGCUUGGAUUGA